UAUCGAUAUAUUACAUCAUCGAUUGUUAGUCUUUCUAACCUAACCUAAAUGGUAUGAAGUACGUCACAGUGAUAUCGAGUUAUUACUUUGGUCAGUCUGCUGCCACGCGCUUCGAUGUGUACAAGUGGAAAUAUCGUACAGGAGAAUGUAAAGUUUCAUUUAAUAAGCAUAAUUAAUUUCACUUUCUACUGCAGUGUCAGUAACUGUGAAAUAAAACUUAAGAAAAAAAAGAAAAGAAAAGAAAAAUAAUAAAGGAAGUACGAAAAGACAAAAAAAAAAAGAAAAUACAAUAAUAUCAAUUAUAUUUAUGAAAAAGAUUACAAUAUUGUAUAUUCAAGUUAAUCGUGUACUCUUACAAAAAGUGCAGUGAAAGUAUUUUGUGUCUUUGACCUGAUUUCCUUCUUUUUUUUUUUUCCUUCAUUCAUUUGAUUAUGGUAUACCACUGAUAUAUACAUUCCUGGAAGAAAAUAUAAUAUUCUAUCUUUUUAAAGUAUUAUAUUAUUUUGAUAACGCUCGUGCCUAAAUUAAAAAUUUUAUCAUAAUGAAUAAAGAGGCAUCUGACGUAAUCCGUGUGGGAUCUCGAAAGAGCGAGUUAGCGCUUAUUCAAACUAGAUAUGUAAUAGAUUCUUUGAAGGAAAUUUAUCCAAAAAAGGAAUUUGAAAUAGUAACAAUGAAUACAAAGGGAGAUAAAAUAUUAGAUAAAUCGUUGCCCAAAAUUGGAGAGAAAUCUUUAUUCACAGAAGAAUUAGAAUUGGCUUUAGAAUCUGGUCGUGUUGACUUUUUAGUACAUUCAUUAAAAGAUUUACCUACAAUACUGCCACAAGGAAUGGUGUUAGGUGCAAUAUUGAAACGUGAAGAUCCACGUGAUGCAGUUGUAAUGUCAAAGAAAUAUAAAGACAAAACGUUAUCUACAUUGCCAAAAGGGAGUGUAAUAGGUACUAGUUCAUUAAGAAGAUCAGCUCAAUUAGCUCGAAAUAUGCCGCAUUUAACUGUACAAAGUAUACGUGGUAAUUUAAAUACUAGGUUAAAAAAAUUAGAUGACGAGGAAAGUCCAUUUGCUGCAAUAAUAUUAGCCGUUGCUGGUUUGAAAAGAAUGGGAUGGAAUGAUAGAAUAAGUCAGAUAUUAGAACCAGAAGAAGCAUUGUAUGCUGUUGGUCAAGGAGCCUUGGGAGUAGAGUGCAGAGAAUCUGAUUGGAAAAUACUUUCUCUUUUAGAACCUUUACAUGAUGUAGAUACAGCAUUGAGAUGUGUAUGUGAACGAUCUUUCUUAAAGACACUUGGUGGUGGAUGUUCUGCUCCAGUUGCAGUUUCUUCUACUUUAACUGAAAAAGAUUUAGUUAUUACUGGAGCAGUUUGGUCUCUUGAUGGUCAAACUGUAAUAAAAGAUACAGCAAAAAGUGAACUUUAUAUACCGGAUGAUGAUGCAGAACCUCCAAAGAAAUGUCAAUAUAGAGAACCUCGUUUGUAUACUGGUGUAGUACCGGGUAAUAUAAGUAGCCUAAGUCUCUUAUGUGCUGAACAACUUGGCAAAAAUAUUGCCGCAAAACUAAUAGCUAAAAAUGCUUUGGAAGUAAUGUUUAAGGCUAGAAACGAAAUUUUAAAUUCGGAAUGAUAAACAAUAUAAACUGUAGGAGUUAUUGUUCCUUGUUCCUUAAAAUAAUGUUUUAAGGAAUGAUAGUGUUAUUAAAAAUACAAUCUUUUUUUAUUAUCUUUUUUUUC